AUGGACAAUCAAGAUAAUGAAGGAAAGCGCUCACGGCCGAAAGCCCCCCGUAAGGCGCCCGCGGCCUCAGCUUUCGCGCCUAGCGGCCAGGUACAGCGUUCGCCGCCCACCCGUCGCACGACUCGCUCGAUGUCUCGGGGCGCUUUGGUGGAUCCAGUCAAGACGGCGCCCACGAUAGCCCCUAAAGACUUGCUCUCUGAGGAGUCUGACCAUCCCACGGAGGUCCCCCCUGAGCUCGUUAUUCCGUCGGGCGAAAAGGAUACGUCUUCCCAGCCGCCAUUCGAUCACGACAUUCCUGAUCCCGCGCCAAGCGUAUCUAUGGGCUUUCCUGGGGACCCGGCGCCAGUUCCGGGUUUCUCCGCCACCCGCAGCUCACGGGUGGGCCUGGGAUUUAGACACAACUACCUUAGACCCACGGACGAUUUAGCCGGUCGAGUUCCGCCAGUGACAGACCCCACCUCGAAAUCUCCCACGUGGCUAGACGACAUGUUUACGGACACUCCCCACAAGCGAAAGGACAUGCGGAGCCUGGUUCAAACGCAGGUCCAAGCCUUUCACGAACCUCUCGCUACCUGGUUCAAGGCUUGUAUGGAGGAAUUGCCUCCAACAAUGCUUCCCACUGAUUUCUAUAGUAUGCCACAACAGCUUCUCGCGGGACUAGCCUCGGGAUUUUAUAUGGCCUUUUAUGAUAAUCACCGUCUCAAGAUUCGAGAGCAUACGGACAAGAACAAAUUUCGAGAGCAUUUUAUUCAGGAACGGAAGGAACGCAAUGAGGCGGCUAAUGCGGCUCAGCAGUGGAAGGACCGCUAUGCGGCACUCCAAACUAAGCUCACCACGGUUCAGAAUGAACUGCACUUAGCCCAACGUGACGCUCUGUAUAAGACAGAACAGGCUCAGGCAGACAUCCCCGCGUCUUAUCCGCCAGUCCCUCCGUUUAAUCCUGCCACGGAAUACGCAACGGUUACACCCCCAGUUUCGAUCUUACGCCGCGGCGACCCAGCUGCCGCUACUCGUCUUCCUGAUUUUGGACACAUGUCCUAUAAUUCACCAGAAUUUACUACCAAGGAUGACCCGUUUAUCGUGGUAAAUGGGGAGGCUAUCGUCAUUCCUCCAGGGCUUCAGGAGAUUAAGAACCUGCUCGAUCUUAUGCCGCAGUUUGCCAAUUCGGAAGACCGCAAUGCCCCUAAACCACGCCUUUUUAAGCAGGGCACGAAGGCGUUGCAUGAGUUCAUUAGUUCUAUGUACUCGUAUUGGGCGGCUAACGGACAGAAUUUCCAGCACCCUCUCCAACGUGUUCAGUCUUUGUUCUCCUUUACUUCAGGAGAAGCUCGGGAUGUCUUGGCGGGCGGUGCUACGAAGUUUAGCUGCCAGUACAAGACGGAAAUGGAGUGUUUCCUUGCGCUGUGGGAUAUUUGGGGCGACCUGAACCCGUACGCCACAAAUGAAGAAGCACUCACUAACCUCACCUAUCCCCGCGUCCCAGAGGAUGCGAAGACGGACAAGGAAGCCUGGGCUACCUUUAAGGUUCAAUUCUGCCAAUUCGUGGCUAAUCUCGGCAUCCCGUAUCCGUCACGCGGCAUUAAGCUUAUGGCUAAGCUGCCUCACCGUCAUACGCAAAACCUCACGUUGCUCAAACCCUCGCCUACGAACCAGGCGCAGUUCUCCAAGUUGCUCGCCGACAUUACGCAAUACAUGGCAACUUACGACUCGACGCAACUUUCUACGUGGCUCGCACGAGUAGCUAAUCGGAAUCGCCAGGGCCUUAACACCGCCUCGACUUUCACCUCUUCAGCAGACGUUAAGACUCCAACCUCGUCAGCCCCGCGAACGAUGGGCCGCCCCAAACCAGACGACGCUUCUAAGAAGCCCCGCGCUAAGUCCACACCCGACGAUGGUAAGACUUGCUUUACUUGUGGCGGAGUCGGGCACAUGGCUCGAGACUGUCCGGUCAACAAAAAGCCAGAUGGAUCUAAGGAUCCCACCACGGCCCAACGUCAGAUUUCUACCUAUCCGGAUCAAGACUUUGACGACGAGUCAGUCGACGAAUACGACUCAGGAGAUGAGGUUUCCGGCGACAGCUCGGAAAACUAA